CUUACCAGUUGCCAUAGGCUACUUUAAUCGCUUACACUAUAACGGCAAACUAAACUUCAGUAUUCUGUACAAACGGACUGCGUAGCUACUAAUUGAUGGGUAUCAGCCGCAGCCUCAGAAAAGCCUAUUUUCAACCUCCAUCUCGUGAUUCUGUGUAGCGUAGAUUAUCUAUUGUGGGCGGGGCUUCGGCGUCACCGGAGAUAAACACUCACAGGACUCCACACUCAGUUUUGGACGCUUAAACUUUCAAUGAGGGCAAAGCAGACUGUCGUUGGAAGCCACAGACAGCGAGUGUGCGGCGCUGUCUCUUUAAACCCGCCCGGUGUGAAAAGUUCAGUCAAGAAGGCGGUGAGGAGGAGAAUUCUGCGCGGUUUGGUGCAGAGAUCAGCGUCUGAUAUCGCGAGCGCAGCGCGGCAGAUGGCUGGCGACGGCGACGAGGCCAAACGUCUCCCAAAGAGACCGUUUCACGUCGAAGUAGAGGAGAACUCCAGCGCGAACAUUAAUGAAAACGUCAACAUUCAGCCCGGGAAAAAGACUCAGGGUGAACGGCGAGGUAAGGAGAACUCUGCCGCCAAGUGUACGGGUCUGACAAGCGGCUCUGCAGAGGUGAAGAUGGACCAGACCGUUCACGGUUCCCAAACGCGAGAGGACCCCAGCAUUUUCUUCGACGAGGACAGCAAUCACAUUUUCCCAGUGGAGCAGUUCUUUGGGAACCUGGAUGUUGUUCAGGAUUACCCACGCAGAACCCCAGGAAGCAAGAGAAUGAGUCGGAGAGAGUACAGGAGCAUGCAUUACUAUGCCAAAGAGGACAGUGAAGACGAGCAUCUAUGAGGACACGAUCGCUCUCAAACUGUCUGCCACAGUUUUGACCUGAAGCCUGCAGGAGUUUGACUGACACGGGAGGAAUUUUACAGUAUGCUGGUAAAAUGGACUUGAUUGUUUUAAAGCAAGCUAUUUUAUUCCAAGAUCCUUCUCAAUUAAUGUUUAAACUACACUGAGAUGCACUGUUGGUUUAUCAGUAAUGUGGUAAUGUAAUUUUAAUGAGGUACGUUAUCAAUGACAAAAACGUUAGUGCAUCCUUAAUUAUAAACUUCAGAGCAUUAUACGUGUGCCGCAUUAACAGAAUGUACAGUAAGAAGGUUUUGUGCUAGACUUGAGGCUUAAACAUCAUGUGAUUGGGCUUGUGCUGAAAGAAAGCUAUAUUAUAUGGAAAACUCUCUGUACCAUAAAGUUGAUCUGGCAGUGCUGACCAGCACACUGGGUUUUCUUACUAAGCUCUGAAAUCAACAAAUAUAAUGUUAUCAGUUAAGUGCCUCAAGUUUGCUGUUCAGACUUUGACAUUCUGAAUUUGGCACUUUUAAACAUUCUCUGUUGAGAAUUAAUAAUUUGUUUUGGGAAAAAAAACUCUAUACUUCAGAUUUGGUGCUGUAUAGUUAAUUGAAAAUUAAAGACAUCUUAUGUUUUUUGAUAUUCUUAUGAUGUAAAGAUUUUUUUUUUUAUUGGAUAGUAUCUCAAAUUAAGAGUUUUAAUGUAAGAUAUGAAAAGUCAUUUUUAACCAAUCAAGCUCUUUUAUGCAUGUUGCUCCACUAGGAAUUUGAUUCGUCUGUAUAUGAUGAUAUCUUAUUUGACUGGAUUUGCACUAACUUCACUAGUGGCUCAAAUAUGUAACAUUUUAAUAUGUAGUUUCUUUGCUACUAUGUAUAAAUUGUCUGAGGUAAAAAUUGUAGAAAGUGAUAUUAAGUUUAUAUUUUUCUAUUGAAGUGAUAAAUCAAGUGCUAAUUUUUGCUACCAAAUGCCUUGUAUGUACAUGACAUGUCAUUUUGUGAACUUAUUUAAUAUCAAAUCUUCUGUGUAUUAUACGAAAGCCACAAUACUCCGUCCAGAGAAAAUAAACCUCAUGAAUGACUUUGGAAAAA